UUAAAUUGUGUUUAUACUUUUUUUUUUAAUUUCGUAUCGAAAUUUUUUUUUGCAUUAAAACUUUGAAUAGAAAAAAUGCAUUCCCGCCUUUCCUACACACGGACCGAAGGCUCCAAUCUCUCCGACGACUUUGAAGAUCCACGGAAGCGCGGCAUUUUACGGAAGUCGAGCUGCCACUCAUAUCGCCAGCAGCUGCAGAGCAGCCAACAGGGCAAUAUGCUACAGGGUCUGAUGAUACUGACGGGAAUGGCCACAUUGGUGGUGGUGCUCUGGUUCCAGAGCAUGGACGGAAACUCAGAUGAUCAAAUGAACCUACAGACAUGCGUUUCCAGAUCACUGAAUGCCCUCUGGCUGGGCGUGUCGGGGAUCCUAUAUCUGGGCGGCACUGCGAAGGGUUUUGGCAGCCAGGACGCGGACCCAGAUUCGCCACGGGCUUUUCACUGCAAUCACAAACUGGACACGAUGCGUAUUUUUCGACAGAUAAGCAAACAGGUUCUCAACCAGGAGCUAGCGCUGGCGCGGCUCGAGCGCGCCAUCAGGAGCGAUAGACCAUUGAGAUCGAUUGCACUGCUUGGUCCGCCGGGCGUGGGCAAAACGCUAACUGCAAUGGUGUUGAGGCAACAAUUUCCCUGGCCGGAGAACGUGCACAGCUAUUCGUGGAGCACCUAUGUGCCGGACGGUGCACACAAGUUCAAUGUGAUACGCAACUUUGUGGAGCAGCUAUCCUUCUGUGGCCAGAAUCUGUUGAUAAUCGAUAAUCUGUCGCCCUGCGACUACAGCUUUGUGCCCACCUACAAUAAGCUGCUGCUGGAGCGCGAGGGCGACGCCCACUUGGCAGGCAAUCAAAGCGUUAUUGUGGUCUACAUAUUCAAUCUAGAGAUGCAAUACUAUUGGCAGCAAUAUGAGCUGCUGCAGCAGCUGCCCAUGGAUACGACCAUCGUCAACUAUCGCCCCUUUGGUCGUAGCGAUGUGUUGGCUUGUCUGGAGAAUGAGUUGCGCUUGGAGCAGCGUACGCUGGACCUGAGAACAAUCUCCCACAUCGUCGGGGAGGCAAUGCUCGACGUCGACGACGCCGGCUGCAAGCGUAUACGUCAACUCCUAAUGCAGCAUGGUCUGACAGACCUACAGUGAAACCAGAAUAUCGUCCAAGUCACUAUUUACAGAAAAUGCUCAAAUUUUAACGUCGUAUAGUUGUUCAAAUUUUACAGUAAUAAACAUACUAUUGUACUUCAC